AUGCCGGCCCCGCUGCCGAGCCCCAGCCCGGCGCCGCCUCCCGCUUCCGCCGCCGUGGGGGCGGGACCGGCCCCGUUAAAGGCGGCGGGGCCCGGGAGGCGCCGCGUCCCCCCGCGCCAUGGCCGAGGAGGCGGCGGCGCAGGAUCUCCUGCUGGCAGCGGCGUUCGUCUCCGAUGCGCAGUACAACAGGAAUAUUCCUUUCAAGACCUCUCCGGAGGCUGUCAGGCUUUAUCACCUCUAUAACCACUGGAUGAUGCGAACAGCCACCUACUUCUUCAUCUUCCUCAACCUGUCCCUUGCCCUGUUUGAGGAACCUGCUGUGUAUCCGCUCCCUUUCCUGGCCACGUCAGUGCUGGAGGUGUUGUGCCUUCUGGUGUUCCUCGGCCGGCUGACACACUUUGCCAAAGUCACCCUGCACAACGUGUUCUGGAAGGACACCAAGAACAUCUGCAUCAUGGUGGCAAUCCUGCUAUCCCUGACAGACCUGGCCAUAUAUGGGGUCCUCAGGCUGUAUGAUGUGAGGAGCAUCCGAUGGUCAAGGAUUGUGAGGCCCAUCUUCCUCAUCAACUUUGCAGAGAGUCGCCAGAUCCGGAGGGCCUUCCGCAGCAUCCGCAACACGCUGCCGGAGAUCACCUACGUCUUCCUGCUCUUCAUGUUCAGCCUCCUCAUGUUCUCCCUCAUGGCCUUGAAGCUGUUUGGAGAGAGGAAUCUCCAGACAGCAGAAGGCUUGCCCUACUUCAGAAACUACCUGGAGAUUGUGUUUGACCUCUACGUGCUGGUGACAACAGCAAACAGCCCGGAUGUCAUGAUGCCAGCGUUUGACUUCAGCUCCUGGUACGCCCUGUUCUUCAUCGCCUUCGUCAUCGUCAACACUUACAUCUUCAUGUCUCUCUUCCUGGCCGUGGUCUACAACAACUACAAAAAACACCUGAAGAACGAGAUCCGUAAACUCGCCUACAUGAAGCGCCGCAAGAUGAUCGAGGCCUUCAACCUCCUGAAGGAGGAGGAGGGAGAGCAGUUCGUGGUUCGGGAAGCCCGCUGGAAGCAGCUGGUCAAGCUGGUGGCUCCUGACACCAGCAAUUCCCACCGGGAGCUGCUGCUCCGCAUCUCGGAUGACGAGCAGAAAGGGUUCGUAGACAAGAAGUCCUUCGUGCAGCUGGCAGACCUGCUCAACAUCCAGGUGGUGACGCUGAAGAUCCGCAGGCACCCCCUGGCGCGCUGGGCGCCGGCGCUGUACGGAUCCGCGCCCAGCCGGCUCCUGCGCAGUGUCGUGAGGCACAGGGCUUUUGUUUGGACUUAUGAUGCCAUCAUCCUGAUAAAUGCUGUCUUCAUUGCUCUGGAUGAGGAAAGUCCCUACAUUUCCUACGCAGAGUGGGUGUUCCUUGCUCUGUACAUCAUCGAGAUCCUCCUGAAGGUCUACACUUAUGAACCCAGGGAGUUCUUUGGCAAAACCCAGUUCUGGAACUGGUUUGAUACUCUCAUCAUCUUUGCUGCCCUGACUGCAACGAUUCUCAAUGCCACCCUCAAGUCCACCAUGAAGUACAACAGCCAGCAGAUCCUGGACAUUGUGUUCAUCCUGAGAGUCCUCAGGCUGAUCCGGAUUGUUGACAGCAUUCAGAGGUUCCAGGUCAUCAUGAACACCCUGAUAAACAUCGUCCCAACCAUGCUGACAUUUGGUGGGCUCACUCUGGUUGUGUAUUGUGUGUUUGCUAUCAUUGGCAUGGAGUUAUUCCAUGGGAAAAUCCAGUACUUCCCAGCCAACUCGAAUGCUCCUCACGCCCUGGAAUGUGGGAAUCCAGCUCUCAAGGAUUCCCUCUUUGCCCGUGGGAAGUACUGCAAGAACAACUUCAACAACUUUGCCUCAUCCUUCAUCGUCCUCAUGGAGCUCACUGUGGUCAACCAGUGGCACGUCUUUGCCAAUGGAUUUGCCAACGUGACAGCUCAGCCUGCCAAGCUCUACUUCAUCGCCUUCCACAUUGUGAUGGUGAUAAUCAUUGUCAAUAUCUUCGUGUCGUUCAUCUUGGAAGCUUUCUUUGUGGAGUACUCCCUGGAGAAGAGUGAAGUGGAAACUGCCAUCGAGCAGAAAAUCCAGGAGCUGGGAAUGGGAGUUCAAGAGAAUUUCGAGGCUCAGAUCCGGAACUACCGAGGGCCCGACCCGCUGGAGCCGUGGGACAGGUACCUGCGGUGGGCAGAGGGAUGUCUCCCUGCCCACGAGAAGCAGCGCCGCUGGCCCGGGCUCCUGGAGGAGCUGGUGGAGCUGUUCGUGAGCGACAAGCGCUACCAGCAGGACCCGCGCUUCGUCAGCUACUGCGUCAAGCUGGCAGAGUUCAUCUCUUCCCCGUGCCAGUACUUUGAGUACCUGCACGGGCAGGGAAUCGGGGCCAGGAUCUCGGAUUUCUACCUGGCCUGGGCUCAGCUGCUGCUGAAGGAGGGCAACGUGCAGGGAGCAGCAGCUGUGCUCCAGAAAGGGCUCCUCAACCAGGCACAGCCCCGGGAGAACCUGCAGCAGCUCCACUGCUCCCUGCAGAGUUACGAUCCUCGGAAUCCUCCUUUGCAAGACCCUGCUGCUGUGAAACCACUUCAGACUUCCCAUGCUGCAAAUCAAAUGGCUCCUCCAAAAGUUGUUUCGAGUCCUAAUCCCUGCAAAACUCAGGGUCUAGAUGCUGCUGGUUCUCAAUCCUGCGCUGCUGGAAAAGACGUGAAUUACAUCACCUACAUCUCCAAGUCCGAGGUUGCGCCGAAGCCGCCGUCGGGCGCCGCCGGCUGGGAGCAGGUGCCCAUGUACGACAAGAACCUGCUCCUGUGCCAGGGCUCCGAGCUCUCCUUCGAGGAGCUGAGGGCCAAGAGAUACUUCAGGAAAUAUGAGCUCCUCAGGAGGCAGCAGGCACUGGAGGAGGAGCAGAAAGACUCCAUGAGGAAAAAGGAGUCGGCAGUCCUGGAACUGCAAGCCCUGCAGCAGAAGCUGGACCAGCUCACCCAGCUCUCCAGGAGCCUGGAGGAAACGAGACUGGAACCAGCAGCUGAGCCAAACCAGAGGGUGGUGCCCCCGUCUGCGAGGCCCAGCACAUCGCACAUCCCAGGGAGCUGGAUGGCAGCAGCUCCAGGGCUGGAUGUGCCAAAGGGCCAAGCCCUGGUGCCUGAGCAGCCCCAAUUCCCGGCGCCACCAGCGACCGCUCCCGCCCUGCGGCCAGCGAAGCCCCUUGGCAACCACAUCCCAGCCACCUCCCCCUGGGAAGCACCGGAGGAGAAGGGCCCAUCUGGAGCUCGGGCAGAGCCUGGGGAGCUCCAGAAGAGUUUGCUGCACGCUGCCUUCAGUGCUGCUCCAGCCCAGGAACGGGCUCAUCCCCACCCAGCUCCGCCUCGCGGCGCGGGAGAGCUGUCCCCUAACAAAGGAUCCACUGGAUUAACUCCUGCUGUGGAUGUGAAGGAAGCCUCCAGAGUUGGGAAUUCCUCCUUUGCCUACGGAAAUGCUUCCCAGGCCACCCCCAACACCUCGCUGGGAGGAGCAAUGGGGACGACAACGCCCUUCAAGGUGCAGCCAUCACCCACGGUUCACACAAAAGAAGCCUUGGGUGUUCUCAUGGAUAUGUUCCAAACACCUUUCUUGCCUGAGCCAUCUCCCCUGGAAGACAGUGAGGAGCAGUUCGAAGCCUUUUGCAGAAAAAAGUCUGGUGGAUGUUUGAAAACCAGCAUUGUUGUCCCUGCCACUCCUGCCUUUGCCAUCUUUGAGGAUGAGGAGGAGAAGGAGAAUGGCGGGAUCCCACAGCACAAGAACAAACCAGAAGAGCCCAGAACUUUUGGAGAACAUCCCUUGACUGACUGUGCAGCAGAAGAAGAAACAGGGACCACGGAAUUCCUGCGGGAUGAUUACACGGUGUGGAAUGGCCCCUGCAGCAACAAAGUCCUGGCUCCCAGUCCAGACAACACCAGGGAUUUUGCCCGAGCUGCCCAGCUCAUGUCCACACCCUUUAAUUACCUGGCAGCUCCUUCCAAGCCCCCUUUGCAGGACAGAGCUUGUAAGGAAAAUUUUCCCCAAAUGAGUUUGGAAUUCUCUGGAGAACUGCACAGGCAGCCAAAGCCCAAGAAGUUAAGCCCUGUUCUCGAACACGUCCCAGAACAGAGAGGGCUUUGUGGUAACAUCCUGAAACAAGGGACUGGAAUCCAGGGAAUUGCUGCAGCUGCUUCCCAACCACUGCAUGAGCAGACAGCUCAAAGCAGAACUGGACAUUCCUCCUUCCUUGGGGUGGAUAGACCUUCCCAGGAGAUGCUGUGUGGAGCUGGGCAGGACAGGACAGCGUGCAGCGGGAGACCUGCAGUCCUUGUUGAGAACCCUUGGGACAAGGAAUUGAUUGGCAAAUUCUUGUCGGAGCUUCCGAAGCCGCUCCACACCUACGCCAACUACUUUGAGUGGAAAUCUCCCCUUCCAUUCAUCAAAGCGAAGGCUGGACUCUCACUGGGUUCCAGCUCAUUCCAUGUGGACUGCUUGGUUGGAGAAGGAGCUUUUGCCCAAGUCUAUCAAGCUUCCAUCCUGGAUGCCAGUAACCCUCAGAAUAAUCAGAAAGUGAUAUUCAAGGUCCAGAAACCCGCCAACCCUUGGGAGUUCUACAUUGCAACCCAGCUGGUGGAGAGGCUGAGCCCCAGCGUGCGCCACCUCUACAUCCACUUCUACUCCGCCCAUUUCUUCGCCAACGGCAGCGUUUUGGUGGGGGAGCUCCACAACUACGGAACGCUGCUCAAUGCUGUCAACAUUUACAAGAAGCUCCCAGAGAAGGUGAUGCCCCAAGCCCUCGUCAUCUACUUCGCUGUCAAAAUCCUUCACAUGGUGGAGGAGCUGCACAGCUGCAAAAUCAUCCACGGGGACAUCAAACCUGACAAUUUCAUCCUGGGAGAAAGGUUCCUGGACAACAGCACGUGUGACAUCGACGGGCUCUGCCACGGCCUGACCCUCAUUGACCUGGGCCAGAGCAUCGACAUGAAGCUCUUCCCUGAGGGAACAGCCUUCACUGCCAGGUGUGAAACAUCUGGAUUCCAGUGCGUGGAAAUGCUGACCAACAAACCAUGGAACUACCAGACAGACUACUUUGGGAUCGCAGCCACCGUGUACUGCCUGCUCUUCGGGUCCUACAUGCGCCUCAAGGAUGACAACGGGGUCUGGAAGCCCGAGGGAACCUUCAGGAGGCUUGCCAACGCUGAGCUGUGGAAAGAGUUCUUUGAGAGCCUGCUGAACAUUCCCAGCUGCCACAACCUGCCUUCCCUCAGAGCCCUGCGCCAGAAGCUCAAGGAUUUAUUUUGCAGGUCCUACGCUAAGGAAAUCAAGUUCCUUCGGAACAGACUUGUUGUGUUGCUCCUCGAGCACAAACGCUCACGGAAAUAAGGGUUGAGUUUGCCCAGUUUCCAAGGACUUGGGGUUUUAUGGAUGUGGAAUAUUUUUGUAAUAACUUGGUUUCAACUAAUAAAUGGGUUUGGGUUGA